AUGACUAAACCACCUAUAAGUUAUAUAGGAUUAAUAAUAUUAGCUAUACAAAAUAGUCCAGAUCAAAAAUGUAUUGUAAAUGGUAUUUAUCAAUAUAUUAUGGAUCAUUAUCCUUAUUAUCGAGAAAAUCAAGCAGAAUGGCAACGGUCUAUUCGAUAUAGUUUAGUAUUCAAUGAGUCUUUUAUUAAAGUUGCACGAAAUGAGAAACAACCAGGUUUGUUAAAUAUUGACAUUCGAUUACAGAGCUAAUAAUAUCGAUACUUUCUAGACAAUAUAUAAUCAUUUCAACUAUUGAAAAGAACGUAUUAUUGCAUUAAAAUAAGUGUAAUAUAUAACUCCCCCUAUAGGUUUCCGAGUAAUGUUGGAAAAUGUGAGGACAGGAAGUUGAAUUAAAAUAACUUUCAACAUUUAUUUUUUUGACCAAAUUAAUGUAAAUCAAAAAUUCACUCAUGUAAUACUUUGAGAAUUCAUAGAUUGAUAGGAUAUUUCAAGCUCUUAUGACUGAAUGUACCUUUUAAGAGACAUUUUUUUUACGAAGUCAAAUGGAUUAAGAAUUUUCAGUAAGGUUUCAUCCAAUAGUUGAACACUACGGUUGACAAUAUCACUCCAAAAAAACAAAAACUUAGGUUGAGUCUACGAAAAAAUAAAAUUUGCAAAAAAAAUUAUGAAUUUUAAAGAAUCUGUUGUAGUGUUUGAUGGGCACUUAAGAAUGAUUUCUUUUACACUCUAUAACCUAUCAGAUCAUCUUAGUCCGGGAAAAUAUUGAUUUUGAAAUAUAUAGUUCUGUCAAAUUUUUUCAAUAACAGUUAUUGCAAUGUACUUUGAAAUUUAGUUCGUUGAAAGAGAGUAUCGAUUAGCUUUUCUUGGUGUUUCAUUGUAAUUCUUCAAAUCUUGAAUAAAAAAAGUUCGAGAAAUCUUCUUUUUGCCGAGAUUCCUGUAAUCAAACAAAAGUUCUUGAUAAAGAUCGGAGAAUCGAACAUAUAUCAUAUGGACCGAUCAAAAACCACUCACUAUAUCAAGGGCAAAUAUUUGUCUUACCCUUAACGUAUAAUCUUUAUAAUAUCGGGUGGCGCAUAAAGAAUGACGAUCACAGUAUUUUAUCGAUACCUUCUUCAAUUUUAAUCGCUCAUAUUUCGGCUUAGUUUUAAAAGACUCCUCAUGCGAUUCUCUACAGUGACUCGCAUUUUAGAGAAUCGCACGAGGAAUCUUUGAAAACUAAGCUGAAAUAUGAGCGAUUAAAAUUGAAGG